GGUAACCGUUGGUCGUCGUCGGUCGAUAGCAUCGACAAUGGCGGACGAGAAGAUAGAAGACGAAGAGUGCCUGAGAAAGGGCACAAAAGUAUCAGUUCGCUGUAGAGAUGGAAGAGAGAAAACUGGGGAGGUAGUGGCAUUUGAUCCUCAAAAUCAAAUUCUCGUUUUAAGAAGGAAAGCUCACAGUGGAAAGCAGCAUCUCUUCGAUAUAGAUAUGAUAAAUAUGCAGUUUCUUGAGAGUGUAAGUGUAGUAGAAGAAGCUAAAGGGGAUUUUGAUUUAACUAUAGAUUUCGCUGGGAAAGAUGAAAUUGAUAAACGCAUCCAAAGAAACGUUGAAUACAAAAGAACGGAAUCGAGGUAUGUUGGAUUGGAUGUGACGCCAGUUGGUCAAAAUCUGUGUAACUAUAUACGAAAAACAUUAGAGGAUGUGAGUUGGCAGGAGAAAUCAUUAUUAGUGUUUAACGGUGUUAAAAUAUCACCUCCUUAUGGUCCAGAAAAUGUUGGUAUAAUACCAACUAAAGCUGCUGCUACCUCAAAAGGUAAUGACCAUGCCUUAUCCCAUGUUCGGAAAAUUGUUGAAAAAUUUCAUAAAGAGAAAAUUUGUUAG